AUGAAAGAAAAAAGGCAACAAAAACAAAUAAUCGAACUUACCUCUUUGACUAGACAGAAACUGACAGAUACCAAGGCAAUCCAAGAAGGGAUCAUUCAAUUCUACAAAUCUCUAAUGGGGACAUCAGCAUACUCAUUACCUGUAGUAAACAAAACUACCAUGAGCAAUGGUCCAGUGUUGAGUCACCACCAGCAGGUUGAGUUGUGCAAAGAGAUCACAAAUCAGGAGAUUUUAGAGGGCUUGCAAUCUAUAGGUGAUGAUAAAGCACUUGGCAUAGAUGGGUUCAAUGCAUUAUUUUACAAAAAAUCUUGGCCAAUUAUUGCGGAAUAUACCUGUGCAGCAGUCCAUGAAUUCUUCAACACCACCAGCUUAUACAAAGCAGUGAGCUGUAUUCUCAUCACCUUAUUGCCUAAGGUUCCAAACCCAUAG